GGCUGACCGCUCAGUUGCCUCCGAAAGGCGAACAAUGGGUUGGCAGAAGCAAGGAUGGCUCGUAUGUGCGAGUUUUCUCGGAUUUGUGGCUUCGGUGCGGAGUAUAACAAGAAACGAGUUUUUCCCUUUUGGACAGAGCGCAAGAGAUCAGUUACUGGAGUCUGGGAAUGACCAAACGCACCAACUUAAAUUGAACAAGCCAGUGCUGUUUUAUGAUGGCACUUUCAACACCCUUUUUAUCAACACCAAUGGCUUUGUGGCCACGAAGGAACCGACAAGCGAGUCGACAUAUCUUGGCAAAAUGCCCCCAAAAUUUGGCAUGAUCGCAGCCCUUCAAGGAGACCUGGACACCAGUGACGGCGUGGGGAAAGUGUUCUUCCGCGAGGACUCCAGUCCCGGUGUCCUGCGCCGGGCGGCCGAGCACAUCAACAGGGCCUUCCCGGACGAUGACGAGGUUAAUCCCACCCAUGCCGUGGUGGUCACCUGGGUGGACGUCGCCGCCCAUCAGCCUCAAAGCAGAGGGGACGACGUCGACAAGGAGAGAAACACCUUCCAGCUGGUUAUUGCAUCUUUGGAGACCGCUUCAUAUGCUAUUGUCCUCUAUGCAAGGGAUGGAAUUCAGUUUUCCACCACACCUGUUGGAGACAGUCGUGUGAUCUUGCAUGCUGGCUUCAGCCAAGGUUUGGUCACAGGUUUCCUGUUUUCCAGUCAGGGAACAUACUACCGCACCACCACCAAUGAGGAGGCCUCCGUGAGGGAUUUGGCAGAGAAGACCAACUCUGGGCUCAGGGGUGUAUGGGUGUAUGAGAUUGGAUUUUCCCCCUAUUUUGCCAAUGUGGCUCCUGGUGAGGUCACUGAGCUGCCCACUGAGGUUCCGCCACAGGCCGAGGACACAAGACAGCGCGUUUAUACUGAUGUAAAAGUGCAAUAUUCGCCUCAAGAGCCAAGAGUAGAACAGAUCGACACAGAGCCCAUUCAAUACCUGCCAAGGCAGCCAAAUAACCCAGAAGUGUUGGUCGUGGACGAUCCAGACAUUAAUGUAGAUGGGAAGCCCCAAAGGAUGAAUGGCAAAUUGUAUGGAACAGUGUUUGUGGGGGACUCUCCUUCCCCUGUGGAGUUCAACGGAAAUGAUCUCCACUCGUAUGUGGUGGUUAACGAUGGCCGAUCUUACGUUGCCAUCAGUGACAUUCCCCAGACUGUUGGUCCCUCUCUUGCCCCCCUGUCAGCCAUUGGUGGAGUGAUCGGGUGGGCGUUUGCUCUGGAGCAGCCUGGCUUCAAGAAUGGCUUUAGCAUAAUUGGGGGUGAGUUCACGAGACAGGCCGAGGUGACCUUUCUGCCAGGGAACGAGAAGCUGAUAAUCAAGCAGGAGUUCAAAGGCACUGACGAGCUUGACCACCUGGUGGUGCGCACCACCUUAAACGGAAAGGUGGCUGAGGUCCCUCAUGGCUCCACCAUUCAGAUUGAACCUUACUCUGAGGUCUACCAGUACAGCAGCAAUAUGAUUACCUCAUCGUCCACUCGGAGCUACACAGUGAACAUGCCAGACGGAUCCACUGAAACCAGAACAUACCAGUGGCGUCAGACCAUCACCUUUCAGAGCUGCCAGUAUGACGAGUCCUUGAGAGACGUCAGACCCAGCCAGAUGCUCAGCGUGGACCAGGUUUUUGCCAUGUAUGACAUCAAAAAUGAACUCAUGCGGUUCGCCAUGAGCAACAAGAUCGGUGACGUCAACGGAGGGCAGCCAGAGGACAACCCAUGUUUCACUGGAAGACACGGCUGUGAACCUAAUGCCGUUUGCCGACCUGGCCAGGGAACCCAGUUCACCUGCCAGUGUAUUGCUGGAUUUAAUGGCGAUGGCCGUACAUGCCAUGACAUUGAUGAGUGCCAAGAGAAUCCUCAGAUCUGUGGGCCCAAUGCAAUCUGCAACAACCAACUAGGGACCUUCCGCUGUGAAUGUGAAGAUGGAUACCAGUUCGGUAGUGAUGGGAGGACCUGUAUUGAGGCUGAUGAACCCGCGGACCACUGUGAGAAAGGGACCCACACCUGUGACAUCCCCGAGCGGGCUGUGUGCAGCUACACAGGGGGCUCGUCCUACCUCUGCUCCUGCCUGCCUGGGUUCACAGGAGAUGGUAGAAACUGCCAAGACUUAGACGAAUGCCAGCUCGGCAGGUGUCAUCAGGACGCUGUGUGCAUCAACACUCCGGGAUCGUUUACCUGCCAGUGCAGGCCGGGUUUCAGCGGCGAUGGCUUCUACUGCUCAUCUGGAAGGCCAAAAAGUCGAUGUGAGGUCCACAGAGAGAGUCUUUUGGGUGAGACGGAGUUCGGUCCGCGGGGACCUCGGCCUCCUGUCGGCCAGUAUGUCCCGACGUGUGAUGAGAAUGGUGAAUAUGAGCCCGUGCAGUGCCAUGACAGCGCGGGAUACUGCUGGUGCGUGGAUCGCUACGGGCAGGAGAUCCCCGGGACUCGUUCUGAACCGGGUAUCAGGCCUCAAUGCAGCAGCCAUGGUGGUGUGCCUCCACCUGUCGGACCCCAGCCCACACACCUGCUGUUUGCCCAGAGCGGCAGGAUAGAGCAUGUCCCGCUGGAAGGUUUCAACAUGAAAAAAGAUGAAGCCAAGGCUCUUCUCCAUCUGCCUGAGAAGGUGAUCAUUGGAGUGGCUUAUGACUGUGUGGAAAAAAUGGUGUACUGGACAGAAAUCACAUCUCCCUCAAUCAGCAAGGCCAGCUUUGAAGGGGGAGAGCCCAUUGUAGUUAUUAGAUCAGAUUUGGAUAGCCCAGAGGGUAUCACCAUUGACCACUUGGGGCGAACCAUGUUCUGGACGGACUCUGUGAAAGAUCGCAUUGAGGUGGCAUCUCUGGACGGGUCCCAGAGACGUGUCAUCAUAGACUCUGAUCUUGUGAACCCCCGAGCCAUCAUCGCUGACCCGGCCAAUGGUCAUUUAUACUGGGCUGACUGGAACCGUGACGCCCCCAAAAUAGAAACCUCGUACAUGGAUGGAUCCAACAGACGGGUGCUGGUUAAGGACGAUCUCAGUCUACCAAAUGGCUUGACUUUCGACUUUCAGAGUUCUCAGCUUUGUUGGGCAGACGCAGGCACACAUAAAAUGGAGUGCAUGCAUCCUGGCCGGGGUGAUCGCACCACAGUUCUGGAGGGGAUUCAGUACCCCUUCGGAGUUACGUCAUUUGGGCAGAGAAUCUACUACACUGAUUGGAGAAGGGACGCCAUAGUCAACGUGGACGUGUCGGGUGGAAGGGAAUCAGAGGAGUUCCAGCCCCAGAAACGGACCAAGAUAUAUGGGAUCACCACAGUCUACUCCCAGUGUCCCUCAGGGCAAAACCACUGUUCUGUGAACAACGGAGGUUGCACCCACCUCUGUUUAGCAACGCCAACAGGCCGCUCCUGUAAGUGUCCUGACAACGCUGUUGGUGUGGGCUGCGUGGAGAGGGACGGCGGGUAC